UCUCCAAUAACAGAGAAAAGAGAGAGAGAGAGAAUAGACAGCUAUGAGAUGGAUCUAAUGUCUCCAAUAACAGAGAAAAGAGAGAGAGAGAGAAUAGACAGCUAUGAGAUGGAUCUAAUGUCUCCAAUAACAGAGAAAAGAGAGAGAGAGAGAAUAGACAGCUAUGAGAUGGAUCUAAUGUCUCCAAUAACAGAGAAAAGAGAGAGAGAGAGAAAAAAAGGGGAUUGAAAGAGAGAGAGAGAAUAGACAUCUAUGAGAUGGAUCUAAUGUCUUCUUUUCUCUUUCCCCAGCCUCCAGUGACAGAAGAAGAAAGAGUGCAAGAGAACAACUGAGAGGGACUGAGAGAGAGAGCAAAGGAUAAAGAGAACAAGAGAAGACAUCAGUCAGCUACAGUAUGAACCAGUCCAGCCAGGACCCGAGUGGAGUGGGAACAGCAGACCCUGAUGAGGAAUCUCCCAACAUGAUCAUCUACAGAAAGAUUGAGGAGAUAGUGACCCGUAUCCAGGAUGAGACUGAGGGCGUUCCCAUCAGAACUGUCAAGAGCUUCCUGACCAAGAUACCCAGCGUCGUCACAGGUGCAGACAUAGUGCAGUGGCUGAUGAAGAACCUAGCCAUUGAGGAUCCUGCUGAGGCGAUGCACAUCGGGAGUCUGAUUGCUGCUCAGGGAUAUUUCUUCCCCAUCUCUGAUCACGUCCUGUCACUCAAAGAUGAUGGAUCCUUCUAUCGCUUCCAGGCUCCAUAUUUCUGGCCUUCUAACUGCUGGGAACCAGAGAACACAGACUAUGCUAUCUAUCUGUGCAAGAGGACCAUGCAGAACAAGACUCGUUUGGAGCUGGCUGAUUAUGAGGCGGAGAACCUAGCCAGACUACAGAGAGCCUUCACUAGGAAGUGGGAGUUUAUCUUCAUGCAGGCCGAGGCUCAAGUCAAGAUUGACAGGAAAAAGGAUAGAAUUGAGAGGAAGAUUCUAGAUAGUCAAGAAAGAGCUUUCUGGGAUGUCCAUAGACCUGUGCCAGGUUGUGUGAACACCACAGAGAUGGACAUCAGGAAAUGUAGACGCAUGAGGAACCCACAGAGAGUCAAGAAGUCAGUGUAUGGUCUGAUAGACGAGGGUCAGUCUCAGAGCCCUGUACACACACCAUCACAAAUAGCCAGAAAAGGCACCAAAGCGGACGUGGAGAAAGAGAUUGUGUUUCUUAACAGCCAGUUGGACCGACACUGUAUAAAGGUUUCUAAAGUCGCUGAGAGUCUAAUGAGUUACACUGAGCAGUACCAGGAGUAUGACCCGUUUGUGAUGUCACCAGAACCUUCCAACCCCUGGACCAGUGACGACCUUUCAUUCUGGGACCUGGAAGCCAGUAAGGACCCCAGUCAACAGAGGGUGAGGAAGUGGGGUUUCUCUCUAGAUGAAGCUCUGAAAGAUCCGGCAGGACGAGACCAGUUCCUCAAGUUCCUGGAAUCAGAGUUCAGCUCAGAGAACCUACAGUUCUGGUUGGCGGUGCAGGAUCUGAAGAAGCAGCCCCUGGAGAACGUGGCAGAACGGGCUCAGGAGAUCUGGACAGAGUUUCUGGCAGAAGGCGCUUCCAGCUCCAUCAACCUGGACUCACACAGCUACGAACGCACCAGUGCCAACCUUAAAGACCCGGGACGAUACAGCUACGAAGACGCUCAGGACCACAUCUAUAAGCUCAUGAAGAGUGACAGCUACACACGGUACCUGCGCUCCAACGCUUACCAGGAGCUGCUGAUGGCCUGGAAGAAGCCUGAGACGGAGCAGCAGCAGGGAAGACGCACCUCUCUGGAGAAGUUUACACGCAGCGUGGGCAAGUCACUGACAGGCAAACGGCUGACAGGCCUGAUGCAGUCGUCCUGACCAGGCCUGGGGCUGGAGUAAGACAGCCAUGCCCAGAGGAUCUGCUCUGCUGUGGGGAGAGGGCUGGAUGUUGAUGCUGAGAGGCCUAACUGGGGCCUGGACACAACGUCACCUUCAUAACUGACUCCAGAUCAGUUCCCUGAGCUCCAGUGGAGGACAGACAGCAUGCAAUAGGUCACCUAGAUUUGAUACGGGGACAGUGCUGUCUUUGUCUCAAAGUUUCUCAAAUGUCACUCUAUUCCCUAUAUAGUGUACUACUUUUGACCAGAGCCCUAUUUUGACUAGUUUGUCCAUAGGACUCUGGUCAAAAGGUGUGCACUAUAAAGGGAAUAGGUUGCCAUUUGGGAGGUACAUAUUGUGUAGUUUAUCAACAUAUAACUCUGCCUGCUACUCUCUGUCUCACUUGGGUUCCUUUAAUCGAUUCUAGAACCAAAUGGGAUGUUAUAUAACUCUAUCCAAUACACUCUGUCUCACUUAGGUUCCUUUAAUUGAUUCUAGAACCAAAUGGAAUGUCAUAUAACUCUAUCCAAUACACUCUGUCUCACUUAGGUUCCUUUAAUUGAUUCUAGAACCAAAUGGAAUGUCAUAUAACUCUGCCUGCUUCUCUCUGUCUCACUUAGGUUCCUUUAAUCGAUUCUAGAACCAAAUGGGAUGUUAUAUAACUCUAUCCAAUACACUCUGUCUCACUUAGGUUCCUUUAAUUGAUUCUAGAACCAAAUGGAAUGUUAUAUAACUCUAUCCAAUACACUCUGUCUCACUUAGGUUCCUUUAAUUGAUUCUAGAACCAAAUGGAAUGUUAUAUAACUCUAUCCAAUACACUCUGUCUCACUUAGGUUCCUUUAAUUGAUUCUAGAACCAAAUGGAAUGUUAUAUAACUCUAUCCAAUACACUCUGUCUCACUUAGGUUCCUUUAAUUGAUUCUAGAACCAAAUGGAAUGUUAUAUAACUCUAUCCAAUACACUCUGUCUCACUUAGGUUCCUUUAAUUGAUUCUAGAACCAAAUGGAAUGUUAUAUAACUCUAUCCAAUACACUCUGUCUCACUUAGGUUCCUUUAAUUGAUUCUAGAACCAAAUGGAAUGUUAUAUAACUCUAUCCAAUACACUCUGUCUCACUUAGGUUCCUUUAAUUGAUUCUAGAACCAAAUGGAAUGUCAUAUAACUCUGCCUGCUUCUCUCUGUCUCACUUAGGUUCCUUUAAUUGAUUCUAGAACCAAAUGGAAUGUCAUAUAACUCUGCCUGCUUCUCUCUGUCUCACUUAGGUUCCUUUAAUUGAUUCUAGAACCAAAUGGAAUGUCAUAUAACUCUGCCUGCUUCUCUCUGUCUCACUUAGGUUCCUUUAAUUGAUUCUAGAACCAAAUGGAAUGUCAUAUAACUCUGCCUGCUUCUCUCUGUCUCACUUAGGUUCCUUUAAUCGAUUCUAGAACCAAAUGGAAUGUUAUAUAACUCUAUCCAAUACACUCUGUCUCACUUAGGUUCCUUUAAUCGAUUCUAGAACCAAAUGGAAUGUCAUAUAACUCUGCCUGCUUCUCUCUGUCUCACUUAGGUUCCUUUAAUCGAUUCUAGAACCAAAUAGAAUGUCAGACUUGUUCUACUCUAGCUCGGCUUAUAUUACUACAGUAUAAUAGCUUAUUGUAACGAUUACACGACUCUUUUGUUCAAUCACAGAAACAUUAAAAUGCUUAA